AAUGACAGUUCUGACAGAUGGCAUUUUGUGUGGUGUUUAUUUUUGUGUAAUAUUUUCCAAAGGAAAAGAUUGAAAAAUUCAAUUUUCAAUCAAAAUUGUGAUUUUUCGUGAUAGUGAAAUGAGCGAAACGGCAACAAAAACGAAAACAGAAAAAUGUAAGGUGCUCAUUAUUGGUGCCGGAAUGGCAGGACUAUCUGCUGCCUCACAUCUGGCUAAAAAUGGUUUGACUGACUUUAAAAUCCUUGAAGCCAGAAAUCGAAUAGGAGGACGAAUAAUAUCAAUAGAAAUGGGACAGCAGAGGGUGGAACUGGGUGCUAAUUGGAUACAUGGAGUUCUAGGAAAUCCAAUGUUUGAGAUAGCAACAGCACAUGGACUGAUCAACAUCAUAAAUAUACCAAAGCCGCAUAAGAUCUGUUGCUUAACAGAAGAAGGCAAACAAAUUCCCUUUCCCAUACUACAAGACAUUUACGAAGCCUACGUUUGUUUCCUGCGACGAUGCGAAGAAUAUUUCCUCUGUCAGUUCAUUCCGCCGCCCGGAAUCGACAGUGUGGGCGAACACAUAAACCUGGAAUCGGAAAUGUAUUUGGAUAACGAGACCGAUCCCAAGGAGAAACACAUCAAAAAAUUGAUAUUCAACUGUCUGUUGAAGCGUGAGACUUGCAUUUCGGGAUGCCAUAAUAUGAACGAAAUCGAUCUACUGGAAUUGGGUAGUUACACAGAGCUGCAAGGCGGAAAUAUCGUUCUGCCGAGCGGUUACAGUUCGAUAUUAGGUCCGAUAUGUCAACAAAUACCGAAGGAAUCGAUUAUAAAAGCGCAGCCAGUCAAAACGAUACAUUGGAAGCGGAAAAAGACAUGCAGUGGACUGGAAACGGUUGACGAAGACAACGAAGGUGAUUCGGAUGAUUCCGAUAAAACGGUUACCGAAGUACCGGUAGGCGGUCAGGAUGCAAUGGUGAAAGUGGUCACAACCGAUGGUAACGUUUAUCAUGCGGAUCAUGUCAUUUGUUCGAUACCGCUGGGUGUGUUGAAGGAGAAUGGAAAAUUGUUGUUCGAUCCCGAAUUGCCACAAUACAAACUGGAGUCAAUCGAUCGGUUGCUGUUCGGAACGGUUGACAAGAUAUUUCUCGAAUAUGACCGACCGUUUCUGAAUGCUGACAUUAGCGAAGUGAUGCUGCUGUGGGACCAAGAAUCUGACGACAAGGUGGAGAACAUCGAGAAAAAUUGGUUCAAGAAAAUCUAUUCGUUUUCAAAGUUGAGCGAAACGUUGCUGUUGGCUUGGGUAUCGGGACUGGAGGCUGAAUACAUGGAAACGCUAUCUCAUGAGGCUGUUGCCGAUGUGUGCACUGGGAUACUGAGGAAAUUCCUCAAAGACCCAUACGUACCUAAACCGAAGCGGUGCGUUUGUACAAGUUGGCACAAACAGCAAUACUGCCGCGGAUCGUACACAGCUAUGGCGGUUGGUGCGAGUCAAGAAGACAUCGAAAACAUUGCCCAGCCUCUGUACUCAUCACCAUUGCAAUCGAAACCGUCAGUGCUCUUUGCCGGUGAACAUACGCACACCAAUUUCUAUUCGACCGUUCAUGGGGCCUAUCUGAGUGGUCGUGCUGCUGCACAAAUUCUACUAACGCCUGAUUCGCCACAGGAAAUUGUAAUGGAAUCGGACGAAAGUGAUUUGAGUUCUUGGAUUCAAGGGAUAUCGUUGGACUAGAAGUUUUUAGUUUUUUUCGGUUUUUUUUAGAAAUCUUUUUGCCUUUUGCUUACAAGAUUUUGUGAUUUAUUUAGGAAAGCGCCACAACAAUUGUGACAUAGUCGUUCUGGGUGGUGUGGUAGCGUGUCUUUGUAUGUCUGUAACUGAGUGCGUGUGUGUGAAUGAACAAGCAGAAAAGUUGUACGAGAGCUCGGAUUAAUUUAUUAAAGUAACGACCGGAGAA